AUGCCUCCUCCACAACCACGAACUCACAAGGCGAAGCCGCCAAGUCCGGAGCCUCGCCCGAGCUCCAGCAUCCUCCUUAUCUCGCCCGAAAACAAGAUCCUCCUCCUCCACCGCGUCAAGACAUCUUCCUCUUUCGCCUCCGCCCACGUCUUCCCCGGUGGAAACCUCUCCUCCCAAGACGGUCCCAUCCCAGCCCCGAGCUCUCCCGAGCGCCACGUCGACAGCCCCGUCUACCGCCUCGGCGCCAUCCGCGAGUGCUUCGAGGAAUCUGGGAUCCUCCUGGCGCGACACCGCGAUGGCGGGGGCAUGCUCGAGGUUCCCGACGCGGAACGAGAGCGCGCGCGACGGGCUAUUCACAGCGGGGAAGAGAAGUUCAGCGAGUGGGUGAAGAAGAUGGGUGGGGUUGUGGACGCGGAUGCGCUGCUGCCGUUUACGCGGUGGAUAACGCCAACGUCGGUUCCGCGGCGCUUUACGACACAGAUGUAUGUGUAUUUCUGGCCUCUGUCGGGGGCGGGGCAGGAUGCCAAAAUCCCGAUUGGGGGUGACGCGAUGAUUCCUACGCCGACGAGCGAUGGGGGGCUAGAACACACGGCUGCUGUGUUCCAGAGCUGUGCGACGUGGUUGGAGCAGGCGCGGCGGAACGAGAUUAUUAUGUUCCCGCCACAGUUCUAUCUCAUGUGGCUGCUGGGCAAGUUUUUCGAGGAGGGCAAGGGAGGGGCGAUGGAGCUACGAGUACAGAGAGAGAAGGUCAAGGAGUUCCUGAAGGGGAGUGGUGCGAACGGGGUGCCGUGGGCUGAUAAGGUUAUGAGCCCCGUGCCAUUGGGCAUGUUUGAGGGUAGGGCAGUGCUGAACCUCGACCACCCUGGGCCAGAGCUGAAAGGGAGUGGGCGAAGAGGAGAGAGCGGGCAUGUUGUGCAGGUAAGAUUCUCCAAAGAGGGGCCGCGCGAUGUAGAGGUCAGGGAUGCGGUGGAAAUGAAGAGAUUGAUGGGGGAGGCGAAAGGGAAGUUGUAGAUUAUGGUGAGUCAGACGGUGUAUAUAGCCUAGGGUUGUACCAGGAGAUAUGAACAUAUGAUAAACA